UUUUUUUUUUCUUCGUCUUUGUUUUUCUUCCCUUCCCUUGCUCUGCAAAAGAAACAAAUCUCUUGUUUUGCUUCUUCUCGUCCAUGGCGUUCAUCAAAUUAAAUUUCAACGUAGACGUCCACAAGUGCCUAAGCGGGCUCAAGGCGACGCUGGGACUGGGCAGGCCGAAAUCUAGCAUCGAUAAAUUGGAAAAGGAAAUGGAAAGAUUGAGGGCCAAAAGGGACGACAUCAGGAACCAGAUCGUCGAGGCGGUGUUAGAGGGGAAGGUUCCGACCAACGAAGUGAACCGGUGGCUCGAUGAGGUGGAGGAAUUGGAAGGCAAAGUGACUGCUAUCAACCAGGAUUUCCAAAGCAUGAGUUGCUUCAGUUGCAAUUGCUUCAAUCAAACUGGCGGCGCAACGAAUCAAACACGGCAAGUAGGAGAUCAGGUCCCUAUCAGAGAGUCAUCAAACUGCUACUCCAUCAAUCGAAGAGCAGCGGAGAAGCUCAACGAGGCUAAUGAAUUGAUGAGCCGAACUAAUGCACUGGAUCCGAUUGCCAUUACCACAAUUCCUAGCAGGAUAGGAUCUGACAUCCAAGAGACAAUGGCAAGAUUGAGAGCCAAAAGGGACGACAUUGAGAACCAGAUCAAGCAGGCGGAGCGCGAGGGGAAAAUUCCGACCAACGAAGUGAGCCAGUGGCUACUGGAGGUGGAGAAAUUGGAUGGCCAAGUGGCUACUAUCAACCAGGUCCCUAUCAGAGAGUCAUCAAGCCACCACUCCAUCAGGGCGAAGAAGUGCAACGAGAUUAAUGAAUUGAUGAUCCGAGCUGAUGUACUGGAUCCGAUUGCUACAGUUGGGCCUCCAAAACCCAUCGUGACGCUUCCCAUCGUAUACCGAUCACAUGUUGGGAUUGGAUCGUAUGUGGAGGAAAUUGUGGGCUACAUCGAUGGUGGAAAAGACAACAUCAUAGGCAUCCACGGAAUGGGUGGUGUCGGUAAGACCACCGUAUUGAAGAGCAUCCAGCAUCAUUAUCUUCUUAAGCAUACCAUAUUUGAUCCUGUCAUUUGGGUUGUGGCCUCCAAAGACUGCCAAUUGAAAAGGCUCCAGAUGGAUAUUGCUAAGAGUCUAGGACUGAAGACACUGCAGGAGAGUGACGAUGAACAAACUUGUAGUGAUAAACUAUUUAGCUACUUGAAGAACAAGAAGUGCUUGUUGUUUCUUGAUGACAUUUGGGAACAUGUGGAUCUUCAACUGUUGGGGAUGGCACAUUCGGCUACUGAUCAAGGCCAGCAACAGCAGCGUAAAGUCGUGGUAUUCACAACCCGCAACCUGAUAGUGUGUGCGCAAAUGGAAGCAGAAAAGAAGAUCAAAAUCGAAUGCCUGAAUCCAGCGCAAGCAUGGCAACUCUUUGUUAAGAACUUCAAGAGUGAUGCUCCCUUCUCAGAUGCAGGAAUCUAUUCUGUUGCUCAAGAACUUGUUAAAGAAUGUGCAGGUCUUCCGCUCGCUCUUAUAACCGUUGCCCGAGCCAUGUUAGGGAACAAGUCUCGGGAUGUUUGGAAUCACGCUCUCCAUCAAAUAAGGAAUAAACAUCAGUGGACAACCAUCGGUCUGUCAGAAGAUUCAACCGUAAUGUAUAAAGCCUUCAAACUAAGCUAUGACAGUUUAAAAAAUGAUUCUAUAAGAGAGUGCCUUUUGUGUUGUGCUUUGUGGCCUGAAGAUCACGACAUCCACAAAUUUGAGGAAUUGAUACCGUGUUGGAUAGGUUGUGGCAUAAUCCAUAACGAUAUAGUGUUCCCACCUUAUUCUAUCAAUGAUGCUUUCCAACAAGGAUGCUUGCAUUUGGAAGCUCUCAUUAAUGCAUCCUUGCUAGAGCACUCCUCUAGACGACCGGAUUAUUACGAGGCUCAACAUGUAAAGAUGCAUGACGUUAUCCGAGACAUGACACUACUGACGUUGAAGGGGAAUAAAAGGAAAUGGAUUGUAAAAGCUGGAAUUGGGUUGCGCCAUUUGCCUAGACAGGAGGAAUGGCAGGAGAUAGAGCGAGCAUCAUUCAUGGACAAUGAGAUUACUUCUUUACAAGACUAUGGAGCUUCUACUUUUCCAAAACUUUCCAUGUUGAAUCUCCAUAGUAACCAUCUGUCGGAGAUUCAUCCGAUGUUGUUCACAAACAUGCCUCGUUUAACAUACUUGAAUCUCUCUCUCAAUUUAGGUAUUGAAGAGCUUCCAAAGGAGAUUGGUUGUUUAACCGAGCUUCAAUAUUUAAACUUGUCCGAAACUAGUAUUACCAAUCUGCCUGCAGAGUUUGGUCGCUUGGGAAAAUUAAAGUACUUGUUUCUAAGGGAUACUAAGCUUGAGACCGUACCCAAUGGGACAAUAUCCAAUUUAUCAAUGCUCAAAUUCUUGGAUAUAAGAGAAAUUUAUCCUUCACAUGAGUGGUGGUGGGAUGAGUUGGAACAUUUCAGAAGACGCCCCAAAUAUUUAAGUCUGGGAAUUACCAUUGAUCCAGAUAAGCUCAAAAGACUAGACACGUUACCGUAUAAUGUCUUCGUAAGGAGCCUCACUGUGAGAGGACUGGGAAGUUCAAAAUUACCAGAGUACAAUCUGGGCACUUUACAAUGGAAUCACAAAGCAAGUGGCUGGGUCGAGAGUCUAGAAAUUUCAGAUGUCCCGGGAGACGAAUUAACGAUGACUGAAGACUGGAACCGGAUGUUAGAAUUCAAUUGUUUGAAGACUCUCUGUUUUAGAACACUAGAACAAUUGGAAAAUGUUAGGUUUAAUCAAGUUGAAGUUGGGUAUAAGUUCAAGAACCUUCGUGACCUAUACAUUUGUGGUUGCAACAAGUUGAAGGAUGUUUCUUGGGUUCUCCAUCUGCCAUAUCUUAAUCUUCUAGAUAUAAAAAAUUGUGAGGAAAUAGAGGAACUAAUAAGUAAUCUUGGGAACUCCAAUUCUAUAUCUCCCAUCAGGAUGUUGAGUUUGAAUGGAAUGAGAAAUCUGCAUCGCUUUGCACAUCAACCAUUCCAGUUUCCUGCCUUGGAAUAUAUACGUGUGCUUUAUUGCCCAAGGCUCAAAAAAUUACCAUUUGAGGCUAAAAUGUUGGAAAAGAUGGAAGGUGAAAAAGAAUGGUGGAACAACUGUAAUUGGGAUGAAGAGAGCAACGAUUUCCCCACCUGUUUUAGAUUAAAGGAGAUUGAAGGUGAAAAAGAUUGGUGGAACAACUUGGAUUGGGAUGACGAGAGCAUCAAGGAUUCCCUCACCCCUUAUUUUAGGGAAGUGUUUUACUAGUUCGAUGAUUGUGUCUAUCAACGACAGAUUUAUGACCAAUUUCAAGAAGAAACUUGGGCCUUUGGGGCAUGAGGCUGUUCGCUACUUUGUCUUCUUAAUUUGUCUUCAAUAAUAAUCAUGUUAUUUUGCUUUCAUAAUAUUUUUGUAUUAGCAUUCUUACUUUUGUAUAACAAACUUAUUUUCUUCUGUAAAUUAUACUAUUUUGUAAGAAUAACUCUC